AUGGCAACAUUAAUUGACAAUAGAUAUGGUAAAGCAAAGGUUAGAGUAUUAAAAGUAAAUAAGAAUAAGGACUAUCACACGGUAUUCGAUUUGGAUUGCUGUGUUUUGUUGCAAGGACAAUUCGAGGAGACCUACUUGACUGGAAACAACGAGCGUGUCGUUGCCACCGAUUCCAUCAAGAACACCGUCUACCUGCUCGCGCAAAAGGAGAACUUCAAAUCGGCCGAAGACUUUGGCAUCAUCUUGGACCUGCUCAUUAUGAAGACAACCGGCAGUGGAUUCGAGAACUUCUACCGCGAUCAAUACACCACCCUACCAGAGACCAAAGACCGUGUAUUCGCUACCAUGGUAACAGCGGAGUGGACCUUUAACACCACCGACAAUGUCAACUACCCACACAUCUACCAGGAGUUCAAAAACUCGGUAUUCGACAUCUUCUCAUUGCAAUACUCAAAGUCUGUACAAGAGACACUCUAUCUCAUUGGAAAGACUGCAAUUGAAAGAUGUAAAGAAAUUGAUGAAAUCAACUUAUCACUACCAAACAAACAUGCAUUUGGCUUUGAUUUCGCUAAACUCAAGACAAAGAAUGAGAACAAUACAUUCCAACCAGUUGAAGAGCCAUCCGGUCUAAUUGAAGGUACAGUCAAGAGAUUGAAUGCUAAAUUCUAA